AGUGUUUAGAGCAGGAGCAGGUCUGUGGAGCCUGGAGGGUCCCGAUGGAAGACCACACGGACUGCUGUUUAUUUGGCGGUCCUGACAUGUGGGAUUUCACGGUCCCGCACUGCCACUAAGCUCUGGACUCUGCACUGUGAGGAAGACACCAUCCAUUAGUCCAGACCCAGACUCCAGUGAAGAUGGGUGUGUCCUGCUGUAUUUCUCAUGAUGCCUCUGUGGAGCUGCUCAGGAGGAAAUACCUUAUUGUUAUCCUCUCUCUUCUGCUACUGAUGCCUUCCAUCCCUUCCCAGUUUUUGCCAACACCUCUGGACUGUAGAAAGACUUGUGUGUGCGCCAGCAACAUCAUCAGCUGCUCCAAGACAAACCUGACCCAGAUCCCCAUGGAGCUCCCCUCGUUCACUGCCGCCCUAGACCUGAGCUUUAACUCAAUCAGUCGACUAAAGGCAGACUGGACGCCCUACAGACUGGGGCGCCUCCACACGCUGCAGCUCAGCCACAAUGGGCUGCACUUCCUCUCCACCGAGGCAUUUGUGUACGUGACCCGACUGCGCCUUCUGGACCUGUCCUGCAACAACGUGAAGCAGCUCGAUGAGUUCAUCUUUGAGCCUCUGGAGCACCUUGAGGUGCUGCUGCUGUACAAUAACAGAAUCGCCCAGAUCGACCGCUCGGCUUUUGCUGGCCUCAUGAGUCUGCAGAAACUCUACAUGAGCAAUAACCAGGUGUCCCGCUUCCCCCUGGAGCUGGUCAAAGAGCGCAGCCGACUGGAGACACUGAAGCUGCUUGACAUGUCUGGGAACAAGAUCAAAAACCUACCUCUGAAUGACCUGCAGGAGCUGCCGGCCUGGAUCAAAAACGGGCUGUACUUCCACCGAAACCCCGUGCCCUGCAGCUGUGAGCUGUAUGACCUGGUGGCCCGCUGGUACAACAUGGAGCUCAGCUCAGCCACAGAUUACAAGGACGAGCACACCUGUGUACUGCCAGGCUCACCCAAGGAGAAGAUGGCCGUCAUGGACCUGAACAAAGUCUACCUGAACUGCAGCGAGGUGAAGGUGAUGAACAGAGAGUCUUUCCUGGAGCAGUUCUUGGUUCUAGAAUGUGACACCCGCCAGAGGAACGUGAUCAAGAACUGGGUGCUUCCUGGGAACACUCCACUGUCCCCGGCUCAUAAAACGGCUGUGAUGCUCGAUGGUGGGAGUUUGCAGAUUGGCCCACUCACAGCUGAGGACUCUGGGGUUUACACCUGCUACGCCUCUGGAGAGACUUUCAAUGAAACCCUAUAUGUGACCGUGGUGGUGUUCAAUGGCACUAUGAGCGGGGGGCUGGAGAACCUGAAGACCGCCUACACCACUCUGGUGGGCUGUCUGAUCACAGUGGUCUUCGUGCUGAUUUACCUGUACCUCACGCCGUGCCGCUGCCCCUGCUGCCCAGGACAGGAUCUGGAGAAGACUGACCCCAGAGACAGCCUGCACUCCUCCACCGUCAGCAUCGCAAACAAGGUCCAGGACAACACAGGGCCGCCACUGGGGAGCCACACCUUCUCGUACAAACAUGUGGGCUUCAUGGAGGAGCAGCUGAAGCAGAAUGGGCGUCUGAACCCAAUUGGAGAGGAGGAUGAGGAGUGGCAGGGCGAGGCCACAGAGAGACAGAAGUGUGACAUAGGUGUGGGCCGCUCUGGGCACUUGUAUUCUCCAAUGGUGGUUUAGAUAUCACCAUGUACUUCUUCCAAACAUAGAACACGUUUAGUGGUGGCAAGCAAGUUCUUAGAAAUAUAAAAGGUUACAUAUUAAUCAUAAGGACAGAAGUAAGUAUAUAUUUAUUAUCUUUCUAUGUGUGCAUGAAGGCAUUUGGGAUGGCAUUUUGAGUUUGCUUAAAGUAUUUCUAUACACUGAGAAUGCUGCCUGAUAUGUUUAUGCAUAGCUGCCUCGGGUCAGUUCAUCAUGACAUUAUUCUGUUUUACAUUCCUGUCAGAGUACAUUGCACCUUGCAGUUGUAACUCUGUGAGGAAACGCUCUUACCUAGUGAAAAUAUGUUACAAUUUCUUUCAGGUGGAAUUCACACCCAGUCACCUAUUUUAGUACAUUAUGUUUUUUACGUUAUAGAGCAGUAGAUAAAGAUAAAUAUUUAGCUAUGCAUAUUUUCAACACAGCAAUACAGUAUUGUAAAACUGCGCAUUAGAACUAGGAACAUCUAGCCAUCAGAUGAAAAGAAAGCUAGAGUUUUAUUUGUAUAUAGACUUACAAUAAUAAUAAUAAUAAUACAUGCAUUUUAUACAGAACUAUUCAAAAGAAACUCAAAGACACUUAACAGACAGGAAAAAAAACACUAGACUACUGCAAAAUGCACUAAAAAUAAGAGACAAACAUAGACUAACAACAACAUGUCUGCAGUGAAGUUAACAGGCUCCUCUGUACCUCAAUUUGUACUUGUACAGUAUUUCCACAGAUUAUAAUUUUUAAGACUAGGAGCCAUUCUUAUGCAACCUUUCCAUUUGUGCAGGUUUGGGAUGGGCUUGGGGCAGCACAAAAAGUAGCUUUUACUUCCAGAGUAGCCAAUAACGCCACUGUGGACAUAAAAUGUGGACUUCACAUUUACUUUUCCAAUUCUGAAAUCAUUUUCAUUAAUAACAAGUUACUUGUGCAUUAGGUUAGAAUAAUACUGGAAAAGUUCAAGUUUGUUUAUGCAAAUGUUGUUGCCGCCAUAUUGGAGGGCUGAUUUCAGCCUGAAAGCAAAGGGCCCAGGAGAUACUGCAUUGACAGAGAGUAACAUGAAAGAUUCUGGGUAUUAGACUUCCACUCACUCGGUCCAAACUGCAGUCAGAAAUAGCCUCUUACAACAGAGCAGUCAUGUAGCAUUUAUAUGGACAACCAUCAACAUUUCCCCUAAAGUGCUUUCUAAAUGGUUUCAUAGGAUUCUAUUAAGCAAAGCGAAUGUGGUAGCCAUAUAUGAACAUACCCUACCUAAUUAUGCAGCUCUUUUAUGCAAAUGAACCGAUCAGUCAUCAACACUAUGACCACAGACAGGUCAAAUAAAUGACACAGUGGGGGGUUAUCACGCAGCUGGUGAACAUUUUGUCCUUGAGUUUCACAGAGACCAGAUCGAGAUGGCUUAGCGACUCCAGGCCUGAGAGGGGGGGGGUCCAAAGGGGGGACAGUGAAACAAUGUAAUGCAUGUGGGGAUGUGGAGUCUAGCGCCAAUUCCAAUACUUGUAGGUCAUAAGUUGUUGCUAAAUUUAUUUAUAUGGGUCUUAGAGGAAAUAAGCCAGAGAAUAAAAGUGGUCAUAAUGUUAUGGCUGAUCAAUCUUUAGACAGUACAUUGAAUGUUGAAUGAAUUUAUUAUUACCAAAGAAUAAACAGUCUUGUGUUACUGUAUUGCCUUUGUAACUGUUGCACUGUGGAUCAUGUUAAAUAUGUGUGCAAUGACAGGCAUAGUCUGUUAAAUGUAUUCUUGACUGUUGCUAUAUUCUCCCUAUUGUAAUUAUGUUCAAAAUCUAUAAAGUGUACCUGCCUUGUUGUUG